CCUGAAAAACGCUUGUCUGUCUGGUUCCGCCCGCGCUGCUGCGGGAUCGCGUUCGCCCGUAUGAUCGCCUGAUAUGGGGAGAAAUGAGACAGCAUGGUCCCCCUUGAGGAAGUGAAAUGAUAACAUAACGGUCGCCUCGACUACAACAUUUGCUGGUUCUUCGUUCACUGGACUGCAAUGCCGCCACAGCGAGUAUUCGCCCUGCCGAGGCAACAAUCACUGCUGCUGCCUGCGGUCAUCAACCCGUUUGUCCAAGACACCAAACUAACCAAAGCUACCAUAAUCAAAUGUGUCCUCCUGGGAACUUUCCUGGUCCCUGUUCGCGCCAUCCUUCUGUCUCUGGUUCUCAUGGUGACAUGGCCAGUGGCUGUCAUAAUAACCCUCAACCAUCCUCUGAAAGGAGCCGUGGAACCAAUGACAGGCUGGAGACGGUUCAUGUGUCAGAGAGUGAUGGCUGCUCUGGGGAGAGCUUACUACUUCUGCAUGGGCUUCAGAGUGGUGGUUAAAGGCAAGCAGGUCGACAGCAGCGAGGCCCCCAUCCUGGCUGUGGCGCCCCACUCCUCCUUUUUUGAUGGGAUUGUGUGCAUCGUUGCAGGCCUGCCCUCCACUGUCUCCCGUGUUGAGAACCUGGCUACACCCAUCUUUGGCAGGUUUGUGCGCUGUCUUCAACCAGUGCUGGUGUCCAGAAAGGACCCCGACUCAAGGAAGAACACAAUCCAGGAGAUUGACAGCAGAGCCAAGUCAGGGGGCCACUGGCCACAGGUCCUGAUAUUUCCAGAGGGAACAUGUACAAAUCGCUCAUGUCUCAUCACUUUUAAACAAGGUGCCUUCAUCCCAGGAGUCCCUGUGCAGCCUGUAAUUAUGAGGUAUCCCAACAAACUGGACACAGUGUCUUGGACUUGGCAGGGUUUCAGCUCGAGGACGCUGCUGCUUCUAACUCUGUGCCAGCUGUACACCACAGUAGAAAUAGAGUUUCUGCCAGCAUAUAUCCCCUCAGAGGAGGAGAAGAAAAGCCCUCCUCUGUUUGCAAACAGAGUGCGAGAAACUAUGGCACGGGCUUUGGGAGUCCCAGUGACAGACCACACAUAUGAAGACUGUCGCCUGAUGAUCUCAGCUGGUGAGCUAACGCUGCCCAUGGAGGCCGGCUUGGUUGAGUUCACCAAAAUUAGCCGUAAACUCAAUCUGAAGUGGGACAAUGUGAAGAAGGAGCUGGAGGGCUUUGCAGCUAUGGCCACUUCUUGUAAAGGAGGACGGAUCACCAUUGAGGAGUUUGCCAGAUUCCUAAAACUACCUGUCAGCACAGCCCUGGAAGAGCUGUUUGCACUCUUUGACAGGAACGGAGAUGGCACGAUAGACUUCAGAGAAUAUGUUAUCGGUGUGACCAUCUUGUGUCGACCAGCUAACACAGAAGAAGUUCUUCGAAUGGCUUUCCAGCUGUUUGAUACAGAUGAGGAUGAGAAAAUCACCCGAGAGGAGUUUACUGCUCUGCUGCGCUCUGCUCUGGGUGUGUCCGACCUAAACAUGGUCAAGCUCUUCAAGGAGAUCGAUGCUGAUGGUUCUGGUUUCAUCACCUUCAGUGAAUUUCAGAGCUUUGCUAUGACCCACCCAGAGUAUGCCAAGCUCUUUACCACCUAUCUGGAGCUUCAGAGAUACCAAGCAAUCCAGGAGGCAAGUCCAGGUGAUCUGGAACUGUCCAGUCCAACCAGUUCAGUGGAAAAACAGGAAGACAGCACCUCUGACAAAAAAGAUGACUGAGACUGACCGUGAACUCUCCUUGUAUGCACUGAGAGACAGAACACGCAAAAGAGUCAUCUGCUCCAACGAAUUUAAGCAGAUUCAAAUCAUUUGCCACAGCAGAGCCAUAUUAUAGGUCAUGUGCUUGCCUUUUUAUAGAUGGUUUUUAGAGUGCUUCUUUCUUCAAUUUUAGUGCCUUAUAGAGAUUUCAAAGAACCACUCCCCCAAGUCACUGCACAAGAAAUGUCUCAAUGCAGACUAUUUCCAUCACUAAAGUUCUGUGUGUGCGUGUGUUUUGGUUAUGUGUUCAUCAGAAGAAAAAAAAAAUGAAAAGCUAGUCAUAGGAUGAAAAUAUGUCACUCAGUGUUUAAAAUUUCUAAACCCUGCAAUCUUUAGAGUUUUAAUGUUAGUGAAAGUGUUUUACGAUAUACUUAAACUGCCUCACCAUGGUUUUGUCUUGGAUAAAUUAUUCUCUGUAGCCUGAGCUUACCCUUGCGUGGACUUAGAUGAACAUAGCGUUGUGUUCCUUCUCCUUUGUCUUUGUGAUCUUCUGUAAAUGAGUGGGAAAAAAAUUGCCAAACCAACACCUUUUUAAAUAAGCAAAGAGUCCGUGUACUUCUGUGUUGCAGUAUAAUUAGUGUACAGUAAGCUUUAUUAGGAUUUCUCCAGCCUGGCAACCCGCAGAUGUUCUGUAUUAAAGCUAUGUCUACGAAGAGCAUUCAUGCUGCGCAUUACACUUUUUUCCAGUGCUCAGGGACACAGACCUUGUAAGACGGCUGUAUAAUUAGCCAGAGGUUUGCUUUGCAUGUGUAUCUAUUUGCAUUUCUACUGAAGAUUGUUGUUGCUGAGACAGCAGCACGUCUGCGCGGCUUUAAGUUUACUAAAGCAAAUGAACCACUGAAAAUAGGGCAAUUUGUGAGCAAAAAGGCAACAGUGCUUCUUCACAACAGCAUAUCCCAGCGGGGUAUGCUUUCAGAUUAACUAGUGGCACUGUUAUUUAUUUAGCAAGGUGCAUUACAAUAAUAUGAUUUUUUUUGUUAACACUGCAAAGUUUGCUUUUUAAAAUAAAACAAGAAUACAAUUUUAAUCUUUGCCUGUGUUUUUAUAUUCAAAGCUGAGGGAACUUGUAAUGACGUCUGUUGUUUCUAAAGAGGCAUAGGUGCAAUGAAUGGGGCUACAGCUGCUCCUCUGGUUCUCUAAACCACCACCAGGUGCCAGUAGUUACCUACUACAAUUUAAUUGUGUGAGUUUGUUUUUGCUCUGCUUGAGUUUUAAAUCUUUUAUCAUUUUGGCCUGUCCUAAUAAUAAAUGGUAGAGCUGAGGUUGAAGUUAGUAUCAGUUAUUUUGUGGCAUGGAUUGGGAAGAGAAUUCACAAGUGAGCGCAUGUGUACAAAUGUCACAUUUUAUCACGAGGCACUGAAUCAAAGGAUAAGGUGUGAUAAUAAUGAGUUCUGUUAUCACCUUUAAACUUUCAACCCAGCAGAAAAUACAUUUCAGUAUAAACAUUUCAAGAAAUCUAUCUCCUUUUUUUUAUUUAAUGGAGCAAUAUCUUAAAGAAAACAAUUGCGUUACUGUGACUUACGUGCUAUAAUUGCUCAUUUUGUCUGCGAUGUAUUUCUUCAUUUGGGCUUUCUAUGACCCAGCAUGUUUUUUUGUGAGGUGGGAAGAAGAUAUAAUCAUGAACAGAUGCAGUAUUUUUGUUUUAAUGGAACAUUUUAUCAUUAAAGAAACACAAGAAUGGACACUCAACAAUGUACCGUGAAGUCCAUGUGAAAGUUUGUUUCUGUUGUCUUAUACUGCAUGUGUUUGUCUGUUCUGUCAAUAAGAUUUCUCAGAUGGAAAAUUUGUGUAAAUCACAUGUAAAUCUGUGAAAAAAAUAAACAUUUUUAUCAUAUA